AUGGUGGAGAUCAUUGAUCAGCUGCAGAGAGGCACUGCAAUGCUACUGCAUUGGCAGAGGUUAUUGGCAGCCCGAGUGCUGCAGCUUGAAGCGUCAAACAAGGCUGCUUCCGAGCGCAAAUCACGAAAAAGAAAGCGGAAUCAGAAGGGUGGAGACCUUUCAAGGGAACAGGCAGAGGAUUUGAUAGCCCAAUGCGACGUUGGGGCACAGGUAGAGGGGGAAACGCGUGAGGGUAGGGCCCGAACAGGUGCAGGCAAGCAUGGCAAAAGGCACUGCAAGCGCUGCAGUAAGACAGGGCACAAUUCGCGCACGUGUGAAAAAGAUGUAAUAGACGUUAGUGAUUAA